UGACUUGAGGUGACAUAAUAGGCAUAUUAAGGACUAUAAGACACCACCUUCUACGUAGAAUACUGCACACCAAGAGAAGAACAUUAUUUUUAGCAACCAUGUCUUUUUCGACAAUGUUACUGUUCUCAGCCGCCUUUGUCUUGCUCUUUGUUUUUACAGAGUCUACAGUGGACAGUAUUGCGGCGCCACAGAGAAGAUCUUCUUCACGACAUGCACCACCGGUUGCGUCGAAAAAUGACUACUAUCAACUGAAUCUACUCGGAGGAGUUCUCGGCCCUGAAAGUCUUGCUUUCGAUUGUAACGGGAAGGGACCGUAUGCUGGUGUUUCCGAUGGUCGGAUUCUUAGAUGGCGAAGAUCUACGCAGAGUUGGGUCGAGUUUGCUGUCACCUCACCUCAUAGAAAUAGGAAAUUAUGUGACGGAACUACUGAGAAAGAAAAGGAGUCAAUCUGUGGGAGACCGUUAGGGCUAAAAUUUCACCCAAAAAGCUGUGAGUUAUACAUAGCAGAUGCUUAUUUCGGACUAUUAAAAGUAGGAUCGGACGGUGGUGUUGCAACCCAACUCGCUAACUCAGCUGAAGGAGUGCCGCUCAAAUUUACGAAUGAUUUGGACAUUAAUUCCGACACCGGCGUCGUUUAUUUUACCGACAGCAGCACGUACUAUGAAAGAAGAAACUAUAACCAAAUCAUCGACAUGGGAGAUAAAAGUGGAAGAUUGCUGAAAUAUGACCCCGCUACCAAGAAAGUUACCGUAUUGCAUAGAGGUUUAGCAUUUCCAAAUGGCAUCGCUUUAUCCAAAAAUAAUUCCUAUCUCUUACUUGCCGAAUCAACUAAUUUCCAAAUCCUGAAAUUUUCGCUCUCGAAACAUCAUCAUAAAUCCGCUCCACAAAUUUUCGCAAGCAUAGAUAAAUUCGCAGAUAACAUAAGAAGAACCAAGAACGGUGAAUUUUGGGUUGCACUAAACGGUCAAAGAAAUCCUGAAGUUGUUUCGGAGGUUCCGGUCGGUAUUAAAUUUGAUGAACAUGGAAGAAUUAUUAAAACUGUUAAUGGCGAUGAUAGUAAUACACUAGAAUGGGUUAGUCAAGUUGAAGAACAUAAUGGAAGGUUAUGGUUCGGAUCUCAAGUACGACCUUAUGUUGGCACUAUGAAGUAUAGUUAGGUUUUUCAUGCCUAGACCUUUUCAGAAGAAUUCAUUUUUUUUAAUUCACUUGUGUGAAAGUGAUCGAUCAUGCCAGUUUGUUGUGAUUUGGUUUGGAGUGUUUUUCUUUAAUUUGGUCAUGCUUUUAGUCAUUUUCAAGAGGUUAUGCAUAAUCUCUCAUUUUCCAAAUUGAUAAUGUAAUAACAUAUUGUUAAUGAUGGUGCAUUUCAUUUAAAUAAUUUUUAGAUGAAUUUUAUA